CACAAGCCAAUUACAGCGACCCGUUGUGUCGUCCUGCGCGCGCACGUCGGCCAUUGUGACCACGGCUGCGGUGUUGAUGGUACGCGGUCCACCAUCAUCAGCACAUGCGCGCGACCUCCUGGAAUAGCGGAACAGCUAAACUGUAGCUGGUCUCCAUCAUGGUCGAAAACGACAUCGCGCUGGUUGAGAAAGGCGACUCCAGAAGUCACGGGACUGAAGGCUUGGAUGACGUCACGCGAGCAGAUGACGUACACGUUUGUGUACAGCCUUAUCCCGAAGGGGGGUGGGGAUGGGUUGUAUGUCUUGGAGCGUUUUUCAUACAGUUUCUGAUGCUUGGAGUGCAGAACUCGGCGGGGAUCAUCUACACAGCGCUGGUGGAUAGGUUUCACGCCCAUAGAGGAGUGACAGCAUGGGUCGGUUCCCUAGCAACAGGAAUGAUGUUUUUCCUCGGACCGCUGACCACCUCCCUCUGUGAGCGCUUCGGAUGUCGAGUGGUUGGUUUGGCAGGCGCAUCGCUGUGCACUAUGGGAUUACUCCUCUCGUCAAUCGUCACCAGUCUUCCCGUGUUGUACUUCACCUACGGCAUCAUAUGGGGAGCUGGGACGAGCUUGUGCUAUUUUCCAACUAUCAUCGUUUUGUCUAAAUACUUCAAAACAAGGCUGUCGCUUGUAAACGGACUUGUGACCGCGGGAAGCGGCGUGGGUACCCUGUGUAUGGGUCCUAUAUUGCAGCUACUCUUUGCGCAUCUCGGCUAUGCGCAUGCGUUCAUGGCACUGGCCGCAUUCAUGGUGCCUGUGUUUGUUUGUAGCGCUUUGUUUCGCCCAGUCCGAAACGCUUUCUGUGAAACAGGGAGACCACAUGAGACGAGAAAGAUGUUUUAUUGGGAGAUUUUCAAGAACAAAGGCUACGUGGUGUGGAUUGCGUGUCUGUCCAUCUUCAUGCUCGGAUAUUUUGUACCCUUCGUGCACUUGGUUCGUCACGCCGAGGAUCUAGGCGUUCAACCGACGAAGUCUUCGUUGCUGAUCGGUUACAUGUCGAUUGCGUCGACUCUUGGUCGGCUAGUAUUCGGAAAAAUCUCGGAUUCUCCUUGCAUCAAUAGGCUUCAUGUAUAUCAGUUUGGCUUUCUUGUCAUGGCCAUGUGCGCUCUCUUUGUUACCAUGGUGACGGACUAUGCAGGCCUUGUAGCGUACUCGGUGAUCUUCGGGCUGUUCGAGGGUCUAUACGUCGUGUUAAUCCCUGUCAUCACGAGUGAUAUCGUCGGAGCGAGUAAAAUGUCGUACGCGCUCGGUGGGAUGUUCUCUGUCAUGGCGUUCCCUAUGAUGCUAGGGCCGCCCAUAGCAGGCUGGGUGUAUGACAUAACGGGAGAGUAUUCCUUGGCGUUUUACCUGUGCGCAGCCACCGCCUUUAUACCAGCGUGCCUUAUGUGUCUUAUCCCCUACCUGACAAAACCUCCCAAGUCCACCCCCCUGACUUCCCAAGCCCCCACCCCACAGGCAGGAAUUAUACACCAAGAGGACAGUCCACAAGAACAACUCAAAUCCACCAAACUUUUCGGCUCACUCUUCGGACGCCGACUGCUGCGCGACCAGUCCCCGAUCUUCGAGGUGCCAAGUUACGAGAUCCUUCGGGUGUUGAGCAAUGCUAAGCUGUGAGCGUCGAAAGUCACCCCUGAACUUUCCAACAAGUUUUCGGUCUUAUUUCAUACAAAAUUCUCGUUGAUCUUUCACCACGCAAAAAUACUGGUUAUGUGGACGGUACACAUCGCAUCAGAGAUUACUCGAACAUCAAGUUAGUUCAUAAUAUGAGCCAUUAAUGGAGCAAAAUGCAGACUUUCGAUCGAUUCAAAUAAAACACCUUCAAAAUAA